CCACCUCAUUGUUUUUCAUUCUCAGAGAGGCGCAGCUAGACUUUGAGAGAGAGACACACCAUGAAGACCAUCUUGUCAUUUGAGACCAUGGACAUCCCAGAUGGGGUCAAGAUCAAGGUGAACACUAAGGCCAUCGAGGUGGAAGGCCCACGUGGCAAGUUCAUCAGAAAUUUCAAGCACUUGAACUUGGAUUUCGAUCUCAUUACUAACAAGGAUAAUAGGAAGCGAAAGCUGAAGAUCGACGCUUGGUUCGGCUCUAAGAAGACCUCCACAGCCAUCCACACCGCACUCAGCCACAUCAAGAAUCUCAUCAUCGGUGUCAUCAAGGGUUACCGUUACAAGAUGAGGUUCGUUUAUGCUCAUUUCCCCAUCAAUGCCAGUAUCACCAACACCAGCAACAAGUCUAUUGAGAUCAGGAAUUUUCUUGGAGAAAAAAAGGUAAGGAAGGUGGAUAUGCUUGAUGGGGUCACUAUUCUCCGAUCUGAGAAGGUCAAGGAUGAGCUUGUGCUGAAUGGGAACGACAUCGAACUAGUCUCUCGUUCUGUUGCCUUGAUAAACCAGAACCAUGUGAAGAACAAGGAUAUCCGGAAAUUCCUUGACGACAUAUAUGUUAGUGAGAGGGGGACCAUCGUAGAGGAGGAGUAAUUGUAAUUGUAAUUGAUCAAA